AUGACUGCUGUCAAAACAACCAAGAGCAAUACAACAGGUACAGCUUUGAAAACUACAGCUAAAACAACAACAAGGAGUACUUCAACCACCAAAGCAAAACAUCUGACAACCACACCUGUAACAAAAACAACGACCUCAGCACCUCUGAAUCCACCCACAGCAAAAGAGGGAUUUAUUUUUGUAACGUUUCGAAUAAUGCGGAUAUUCAUUCAAGAUUAUUAUGAUAAAACAUCAUCUGCUUACAAAAUACUGGAAAGAAAUAUAACAACUGAGCUUAAUCGAGGCUACAAAAAUAAAUACCCACAAACGUUUCUGAGAUGCAUCAUCAUCAGUGUUUGGCCUGGCUCUGUAGGCUUAACAACUCAGCUGAUUUUCCAAAACCAGAGCGUUGUACCCAACAUAACAAAUGUAAAGGAGUCCUUGAGUGACACUGUAAAUGCAUCCAUUGUCUAUUUAGACAUUAUCCCAUCCAGUAUUGUUGCUUAUCAUCAAAGUCUCGUCACAACCACCAUUGCUCCAAAAAUCACAACACCACUGACAAGCAGCCAACCUUCGACAAGGGUUACAUCUGGCAGCGCAAUGGCAAGGAGCAGACCAACUGAUGUGGUCAUUUUUCUUCUACCUAUCACCCUCAUCAAUUUCUUUUUGCUAGAACUAAAAGUGUUGUGAUUCUAUCCGCGCUAAUAUAAUUGAUCAUAAUAUUUAUUGUAUAAUGUUAAUAUUAAAUUGUUUAUAUAUUACCCUUAAUAUAUUAA